CUCCUGCAGCUGUGCCAGCCUCAGAAGUUUAGCACAACCCCUCAGCUGUUAGCUUGGAAUUUAGCUUCAUCGACGCUAAGGAAGUAGCAUUGUUUACAGAGCAGCACCAAAAGUGAUGCUAGCGGCCAUAGCGCUAACCAAACCUACUAUGUUGACAUGAGAUAAAACACUAAAAGGCAGCUAUGCGUGACCUCGACUAGAAGGUAACGGGGAAAUGAAUGAGUUUAUGGCUUCAGGAAGUAAAGAAAGCGGGAAUGGAUAUGCAGGUUUGCUAACGUUGGGGUCGGGUACUGACAUAGCUAGGUUAGCAUGCUAACGCUAAACUUGUUCAUCUGAGUAGUAGUUUUAAGAAGACACUCUAAGCUAUAUUGUUUCGUUUACAAGUCUUCGCCGUGUUUUAACAAACAGAAACCCCUAAUGUCGCAUGGAUUUCCUCACUCUGUUCGCUGUCUACGUCGUAGUGGUGCUGACAUGUAUAGUCCUAGUCUGCAAAUACUCAGGCCAGCAGCAGACUCCCUUUAAUAUCAUCUUCAACUAUGUAGGAAAGGUAGUUGCACCAUUCACGCCAAAAUGGCUCCAAAAGUUUUCACAAUGGACCUUGCACAGGUUGUUUCAUCAAAGGAACAACAUGUUCAUCUAUCUGCAUAUCCUGCUCGAGGUUGCUGUGUGUGCAGAGUUCACCUAUGAGGUGUUUGGCUUCUGCAGGCAGAUGGACACCUCACUGACCAGCCUGUGUGUGCCUUACAUCCUGCUGGCCAUCAAGACCUACUUCUUCUACCUCUGCAUCAAGAAAGAUCCAGGCACAGUGACGAAGAAGAAACUCGCUGGACAGCUGCACAUCUAUCCGUAUGACAGGAGACUUUUUCACCCGGGAGUCUCGUGUGAAACCUGCCAACUCGUCAAACCGGCUCGCUCUAAACACUGCAGGGUCUGCAACAGGUGUGUCCAACGUUUUGACCACCACUGUGUCUGGGUGAACAACUGCAUCGGUGCCCAGAACACUCGUUACUUCUUGCUUUACCUCUUUAGCAUGUGCGCCAUAGCGGGAGACAUUGCCGUACUAACAGGAGACAUGCUGUUACAUGCCGUACUGCGGUCAGGGCUUCUAAGGGCCAGUUAUCUAGAUGAGUACGGCCAGCAGCAGCCAGCGGGGCCUCUGUUUGUUGUACAGCAUCUGUUUCUGACCUUCCCUCGAAUCAUCUUCAUGCUGGGAUUUCUGGUCUUUGUCUUCUUCCUCCUGGCGGGUUAUGCCCUUUUCCAUUCCUACCUGGCUCUCGUCAACCAGACCUCCAAUGAGUGGUACAAAAGUCGAGGUUACGUGUGUCAGCACUGCAACCCAACGGCGACAGCAGACCAUCUGUCUAGCCCAGAACCAGACCACUCUAAAAGGUACUACUACAGCAGAGGGCUACUCAGAAACCUGGGAGAGAUUUUCUUUCCUCUACAACCUGUUAAGAAAAAAGACAACUGAAAAAAAAAAAGAUACUGCCGUGUGUGUUGUUAUACUGCAUUUACUGUACAUCCCCUUGGAUUUAAUGUCCCUAAGGACUAGUGCUGGCUGAAGAAAUAAACUUUACGUUAGCGAUUUCUU